CGAAGUGGUGGAUCCAGUUUACUGUUCUAAAUAUGAGAAGUUAAAAAAUCAGCUUGGACUAAUGGGAUUGAAACCAUCCAAUUUCAACAUUCCUGCUUGAUUCUUAGAAUCGUUUUACACCACCACAAAGUUCACCACAUUGAAUAAGUACCAGGGAAGAACCUGACAAAGAUCAAAACUUGAAAUUGUGAUCACAUUAAUUGGACUUUUGCCCAGGUUAUUUAAAGAUCUGCUAACAAGCAUGAGGGUAGCUAGCUUUCCUCAAUGGCUUCCAAAAAUAUUGCCCUCCUCUUGUUUAUUGCUUUCCAUUUCCGCCUUUCGAACUCACAGACCUGGGUCAAAGCAGGUUAUUGGUACUCCGGUAAUGAAUCUCCAGUUCCUGAUAUAAACUCUGCUUUGUUUACUCACCUUCUCUGUGCUUUUGCUUGGCUCGACUCUUCUACCUACCAGAUCUAUAUCUCCCCCUCUGAUGAACAAUACUUCGCGACCUUCACCAACAUAGUCAAAAAGAGGAAUCCAUCGAUCACAACACUUCUAUCCAUCUGGGCAGGAAAAAAUGACUCCACAAACUUUUCUUCAAUGAUCAGCCAGCCUUCACACAGGAAGUCCUUCAUUGAAUCUUCAAUAAAAACAGCUAGGCUCUAUGGGUUCCAGGGUCUAGACCUUAGUGGUUAUUGGCCAAGAACAGUAUCCAACACGAUCAACAUGGGAAUCCUCUUUGAUGAAUGGCGAGCAGCAGUAAAUUCUGAGUCAAGAGACCCUAGUCAGUCACCACUGAUUCUGACACUGAAAGUUCAUUGCUUGCCAACUCUUGAGUCAGUGAGUUAUGAGGUUGAUUCGAUACGAAGGAACUUGGAUUGGGUUCAUGUUGCGGCUUAUGACUUUUAUCUGCCUUCAAGUGUGAACUUCACACAUGCCCAUGCUGCUCUAUACGACCCAGUGAGUCGGGUUAAUACUGAUUUCUGUAUAGGGGAAUGGAUCGGCAGAGGGUUACCGGCUGGGAAGCUGGUUUUGGGUUUGGCGUACCAUGGGUAUGCAUGGACACUCUUGAACCCCAAGGAAAAUGGUAUUGGAGCACCUGCAUCAGGUUUGGCCAUGACACCAGACGGAUCUGUGAGCUAUAAAUACAUCAAAUUGUUCAUUCGAAGUUAUGAAUGUGCUUCUGUGUAUAAUGCUACAUAUGUAGUGAAUUACUGCAGCUUUGGAGCAACAUGGAUUGGUUAUGAUGAUGUUGAGGCUAUAAGAACUAAGGUUUCUUAUGCAAAGGAGAAGGGGCUGCUUGGUUACUUUGUGUGGGAAGUCUCUCAUGAUGAGAAUUGGGUGCUGUCUCUGGCAGCUCAAGAUGAAGAUCAAGAUGAAGGAAACAAGCAGCGAUUGUUGGUAAUUAUUUUGCUUCCAAUUGCUAUAGUUGUUCUCCUAGUAAGUUCCAUAAUGUGUCAUCGAUGGAAAAGGAGACUAAUAUUCAAUAUAAAAGGUAAGUUUUCCAACUAUUUCUUCCCAAGAUUAACAAAUCUUUUUACGAGUAUCAUUUUUUCUAUUUUCUUUUGCUCUUUUUGCUUAGUCAUGAUGCAGACCAGACCAAAGUCACUGCCUACUAAACUGGGAAGCAAUACAUUAUCUGCCAACAGUGAUGAUCCUAAUCUGCAAGUGUUCAGCUUCACUACCAUUAAAGUGGCUACAAAUAACUUUUCAAGUGAAAAUAAGCUUGGGGAGGGUGGAUUUGGACCUGUUUACAAGGGUAAAUUACCGAAAGGGCAGGAAAUAGCAGUGAAGAGACUUUCAAAAACUUCUCAUCAAGGGCUUGAGGAGUUCAAGAAUGAGGUUACACUCACUGCAACACUACAGCAUGUGAAUCUUGUUAAACUUUUGGGUUUUUGCACCCAAAGGGAAGAGAAGAUGCUCAUCUACGAAUGCAUGCCAAACAAAAGCUUGGAUUUCUAUCUCUUUGAGGGACAGGUACUCUUAGAUUGGGGAAAACGCAUACACAUCAUUGAAGGGAUCACUCAAGGGCUUCUAUAUCUACAGGAGUACUCAAGACUAAGGAUAAUUCACAGGGAUUUGAAGGCUAGCAACAUUUUAUUAGACGGUGAAAUGAAGCCAAAGAUUGCAGAUUUUGGGAUAGCUAGAAUUUUCCAAAAAGAUGAGAAUGAAGCAAACACCGGCCGAAUUGUUGGGACAUAUGGCUAUGUCUCCCCUGAAUACGUGCAAAAGGGUACCUAUUCUGUGAAGUCUGAUGUUUAUAGCUUUGGAGUUCUCUUAUUACAAAUUAUCAGUGGCAAGAAGAAUACAUGUUUCUAUGGUUUGGAUCAAAAUUUACACCUUCUUGAAUAUGCAUAUGAGCUAUGGAAGGAUGGAAGGAUGGUAAGAGCAUGGAGUUCAUGGAUCCAUCACUGGAUGAUGCAUGUUCUUCGUGUAAACUGACACGAUGCAUGCAAGUAGCACUGCUAUGCGUCCAGGAAAAUCCAGCCGAUAGACCGUCCAUGUUAGAAGUCGAUUCGAUGAUCAAAAAUGAAACUGCAGCCAUUGCUAUUCCUAGAAGGCCUGCUUUUGCAGCAAAAAGAGAUGAAGUUGAGGCAGACGGUAAAUCUGCAUCAGGCCAUGAAAUUGGUUCGGUCAAUGUUACAACAAUCUCCCAAGUCUUGCCUCGCUGAGAACUUCAGUACUGAGGCAGAAAGGUUCUGAGUUUGAGUGGCUCAGUGAACCCCAAUAGAGGCAUUUAUGUUAAUCAUGUACAGAUUACAACAAUUAUGAACACUAAAUUUUAACACAUGGGAAAACUCACAAAUGAAUGAAGAGAGCUUCGUCCACAUACGCAUUUCAAGUAAUUGGAGUAAAA